CGUGGUCGUCGUGGUUUUGCGAUCUUGGCGGCGAAAUUUGUAGUGCGACAACGUCGACUCCGUUGCCCUACCAGAAACUGUAUCAUUUCCCUAAGUGUAAUGCCUCGGUGACAACGUUUCACGCCUUUGAGGCUGUGCUUGCGAAGUAUGGAGUCUUUAGGCGAGUGCGGCAGGAAAACAGGCGAGCAACCUGAGAGCGAACGUCGAGAAAAAUCGGAGGCGUUCUCGCGUCACCGUGGCAAUGAUCGCGUGGCCGAAAAACAGAAAGUGCUGAGGCCACCAUCGCUGCAGGACGCGCCUGAAAUGCCGACCAGGACUGCGGCGGCUAAGCUCCCAUCCACGACCAAGUCAAAAGAGGCACUGGAGUUGGAGAUACAGAAGAAAAAGAAAGUAAUUGGAACCAUCAAGCUGAACACCCUCCCCGACGGAGGCAAACGGCUCAAGGACCAGUUGAAAGAACUGGAAGACCAGCUCUCGCUUCUGUGCCUGUCGGCAACAAGCGAUACUGGCACGAAAGGCUGCGCAGCAAAGGAUACGAGCGUGGCUGCUGAAAAUUCUUCCCGAGGGGACUGCAGAUCAGACGUGGCAGUCGAGAGGGCGGUGAGACAAGCUGACACAAGGGCUGAGCGGCCACCUGUCGCUGCUAAAGAGUCAAAAGAGAGUGCCCCAACCAAAAUUAGUGCCAGAGAAUGUGACUCUUCAAAAGAGAGCCGGCCUGACAAAGGCUCUCAAACGAAGGAUAGUGCUGAUGCACAUCGUUCAAGUGCAUCAGCAUCAAGAGGCGACGAUAAAAAGUGUAGUGACAGAUUAAGCCAGGAUGUCGGAAAGAGCUGCGUUCUGCCCGAGUCUACAGGAAAGCAAAGAUCACCCGAAUCGAAAGACAACAGAGCACAGAGCUGCUCUCGAGAACAUCUUCCGGCAGAUGGUGAUCUGUCCAAGUCCAGUUUCCAAUGUUCAACGGCAGCUGAUAUUUCACCGAAAGGGAUGUCAUCUUCAACGAGUGUGCGAGAAGCACCAAUGGUACCAGGGCCCAGUGGCAGUGCUGUGUCAAAGAGGCGCCCCGUGAGCCCAGUGGCGCGUGUAAGCAGCUGCCAGGAAGAUCCUCGGCCUCCAACAAGUGCACUGCACAGUGUGUAUGACCGACGCGUCCUCCUCACGUCCCCGUUGCCGCUCAGCAAAGCGGCCGCUUCUUCGGCUGCAGGGAAGAAGGGAGCCACGUCGGAGACACUGGGCACCCGCAUUUCCAGAUGCCUGUCCGAGCACUGCACAGCCCGCCUGCAGCCCUUAAUCCAGAGUCUGUCCAGCCAGCCUGACGAGUGGGAUGAGAGCCCCCAGCCGCAGGGGGUGCAGACUUCCCUGAUGGCCCACCAGCGACAAGCCUUGCGGUGGAUGCUCUGGAGGGAGGAGCAAGAGGCUCCAGGAGGCAUUCUGGCUGAUGCAAUGGGUCUGGGCAAGACGCUGACCAUGUUGUCACUCGUCGAAGCAGCAGCGGUCAAGGGACAAGGCACACCGCCCAGGGGUGGGACAUUGGUGGUGUGCCCACUGUCCCUACUUCACCAGUGGGAGGAGGAGGUGCAGCGACACCUGCCCGAUCGGUGGCAGGUGCACGUGCACCAUGGGCGCAACCGUACAGCCGACCCAGAGGAGCUAGCAGGCUGCGACCUAGUCGUCACCACCUACGACACCAUCAGCAGUGACUGGGCUCGCAUUGAUGCCACAGGCAACAGUGCGCUGUCCCCACUGUUUACAGUCAAGUGGCGCCGCCUGGUGCUGGACGAGGCACAUAACAUCCGCAACCUGCACACGCGGCGGGCCAAGGCCGCCUGCGCGCUGCUCGCAUGGUCACGCUGGGCCCUCACGGGGACCCCCGUGCACAACGACCUCAACGACAUGCGCUCCUUGCUCAAGUUCCUGCAGUGCCACCCAUUUGAUGACGACAUCUUUUGGAAGCAGUGGGUAAAGGAGAAUCCUGGACCAGAGGCACUCGCCAUGGUGAUGAAAUGUGUCCUGCUUCGCCGAACCAAGGAACAGAUGGGCAAGGACGGCAAGCCGUUGGUGCCUCUGCCUAAAAAGAGCAUCGUCCUGCACAAGCUGUCUCUCGAGGGAACCGAGGCUAAAGUGUACAAGGAACUGGACGAGUGGUCUAGGUCAAGUGGGCCCGAGAAGUACAGGGACCCCGUGACUGGGCGUGAGCUGUACCGCAACACGGGCUCUCGGCGCUUUGUCAUGCUCAUCCGUCUUCAACAGGCCUGCUCUCAUCCAGCUCUGCUCAAAAAGAAAGUGCUGGAGGAUGCAGCCAUAGACACGGAUGAGCUCCUAUCAGCCGGCAUGGCGGGACUGCAGCUGUCGGACGACUCAGCUGCUGGCGAAGACAGCCUGGAUGCACUGAACCUGGACAAGUACACCAGCGCACGAGAAUUCGAUUCUGCCUACGUCAGCUGCAAGAUCAAGACUCUGCUCGACAUGCUGCUCAAGGUGCGGGAAGAAUCAAACAACCAAGAUAAGAGUGUGGUGGUGUCUCGGUGGACUUCACUCCUGUCACUGGUGCGCCAUCAUCUGGAAAGGCGAGGCAUCCCCUCUGUCACCAUCCAGGGUAGCGUCCCCGGUCACCAGAGGGCUUCCUACGUGGCCAAAUUCAAUGAGCAGCGAGGAGGACCCACAGUAAUGUUGCUCUCCCUUGAAGCUGGUGGUGUGGGCCUGAACCUGGUUGGUGGCAAUCACAUGUUUGUGCUCGACGUGCACUGGAACCCUGCGCUGGAAGCCCAGGCAUUUGACCGUAUUCACCGUGUGGGGCAGACCAAGACAGUUGUCAUCAACAGGCUCAUUUGUGCAGGCACCAUCGAAGAGCGCAUUCUGGAACUGCAGAAGCACAAGCAGCGGCUCGCGGAAUCUGUCGUUGCACGGAGACGCCUGACAGCCAACGACUACGACUUCCUCUUUGCCACAAGCUCUUGACUGAAUGCAUAGAUUGUAAAGUAAAACCACAGAGACAUUUUGGUUCCACGUUAUUUAAAUUUUCUACUGUGAUCGGUGGCUUUGCACUCAUGCUUUAUUUUUGUUGUGGUUGUGUUUUAGGCUAUGUAAUAAAAUAUUCCAC